AUGGCAGGUGAUAGGCCAGCCGUAUAUCCAACCGUUGUGGUGAGUGUAGAAGGAAUAAAGUGUCGUGCGCUUCUAGAUACAAGCUCUGGUAAUUCUUAUGCAUCGGCAGCCUUGUUAGACUUACUUCCAAAGCGAUCUUAUAGAAAGGAAACACGACGUGUCGAAAUGAUGCUCACCUCAGUUACCAAGGAAAUGGAACUGUCAACCAUAUGUGUUAAAGAUGUCAAAGGGGAAUUUCAAAUGGACGUGAACGUAACCAAAGUAAAUAAGUUACUGAUAAUAAUAAUAAACUACUCGGGUGUGAAGAUAGAAGACGAUGAUCAAAAACCAAGACUCCCUGUGCAUUUAAUCCUGGGAGCUACAGACUAUGUGCGCAUCAAGACGUCUGAGAAACCCCGCGUUGGAAAGGUGGGAGAACCUGUUGCUGAAAAAACCAAGUUUGGCUGGACUAUAUUGGCACAAGGCAAAGAACUGGACUACGCUGUUAUGUUUCUUUCACAAACAAGCCAAAGCGACUAUGAAGAAUUGUGUCGGUUAGAUAUCCUGGGUUUCGCUGACAAACCUGAAAAUGAUCAACAUGAAGUUUAUGCUGAGUUUCAAGAACAGCUUGUGCGAAGUGAAGAAGGGUGGUAUGAAACCGGCCUUCCAUGGAAGGGUAAUCACCCACAACUACAAAGUAAUUAUAUGGGAAGUUUGCGAAGACUAGCAAACCUUCAACGCAGAUUGCAUCAGAAGGGGUUGACUAAUUCUUAUUCUGAAAUCAUUGAGCAGCAGAAAGUCGAAGGGAUCGUUGAAGCUGCUAAACAUGAAGCCCGAGGUGUUGAAUUCUAUAUUCCGCAUAAACCAGUGGUCAGAGAAAGAGCAGAAACCACAAAGGUUCGAAUCGUGUAUGAUGCCUCUGCCAAAGCCAAUAAUGAAGCUCCAAGUCUGGACCAGUGUUUAAACCCAGGCCCUCCACUACAGAACAAUCUUUGGAACAUUUUAGUAAGAAUGAGAUUUCAUCCUGUUGCACUGUCAGGAGAUAUUAAACAAGCGUUCCUGCAAGUUCGAAUCAAGGAAGGUGACAGGGAUACACUACAAUUCCACUGGAGCCCAGAUGCAACUCAUGAAAUUGAAACACUGAGGUUUACAAGAGCGUUGUUCGGGUUAACGUCAUCGCCGUUUCUCCUUGGUGGAGUGAUUGACCAACAUCUCACCUGUUGGAAAAACCGCAGACCAGAAGUGGUAACUGAAUUGCACAAAAGCCUAUAUGUAGAUGAUCUACACUUUAACGAUGCGACGUUUACUCUGCACAAAUGGCACUCGAAUAAGGAGUUGGAAGACAUGAAUUGCAUAACCGAUGUAGAAACCUUUACAAAGCAACAACUAGGAACACCUAGUGAGGAAGAUGCAAGUAUUCUGGGAUUAGGUUGGUCAAAGAAUAAGGACGAGAUAAAGGUCAUAGUUCCUUCAACUGUAGCUACUAUAACAAAACGAGGAAUUUUAAGCAAUCUCAGAUCUACGAUCCACUAG